AUGUUCGCGUCUCUGUUUCUCACGUCCCUCAUGGCCGUAGCCAAGGUGGCUGCCAACUGCGCGCACGGCACGUCAGCCUUCCCACGCCUUCCCAACGUCACGGUAUCGUCAUUCGGGUAUGAUGCCCUGAAGGGACCGUUGAACUGGUACGGUCUCAACAAGACGGCCAACGUGGCGUGCGAGAAAGGAACGACCCAAUCGCCCAUUGUCAUCAAUGCCACCAUCUCCACGGUGCCAGGGUCGACCCUGAAGUGGACGGUGCCGGACUAUCCUGACGGGGCCGAGUUUGAGAACCUCGGCACCAACGUCGAGGUCAUCGUCAAUGGCUCGCUCGUGGACUUGGACUCGGGAGGGUCGUACUCGCUGGCCCAGUUCCAUUUCCACACUCCGGCUGAACACCGGCUCGAGGACGAGUUCUACCCGAUGGAGAUGCACUGGGUGUUUGAAUCAGAGGGUACCUUGGGCGACUUGCUGAGACUGAAUGAGCCGGGUGCUGAUAUGUCUCGCACAGCCAAACAGUUCGCCGUGGUCGCCUUUCUGGUCGAGUUGUGCGAGUCUCCUGGCUGUACAGACCCGGUCUUGGACACCGUAUUCUCGGCCGUCGAAGAUAUUGCCGUGCCCGGUGAGGCUGUCAUGACGGGACCCCUCGCGUUCGGGGAGUUGAUCGACAAGUUUGAGAAUUCUCAGGUCUACAGAUAUGGUGGCUCACUUACCACCCCGCCGUGCUCCGAGAAUGUGGAUUGGCUUAUCAGCACUGAGUUGCUGUACAUCGAUGUGCCGACCUGGCUUGCAGUGAAGAAAGUCAUCAAGUAUAACGCACGGUAUACGCAGGAUGCCCUUGGGGCAGUGAACCUGCUGCAGAAUGUUGCGGAUGAGUUAUGUAACAGCACGAGUAAUUAG